AUGAUUGCACUAUGUUUUGAAGACUCGGGAAAUCACAACCAAAUGUGUAACGUGGCUCUUGCAGUUGAUGGAAGACGAAGGUUGAGUGAGGGAGAUGGAGAAGAGAAAGAAAAACUAACGGCUUCACACUUUGGCAAUGUUUUAUCAAUGCCAUAUGGAAGUAAAAGAUCAGAGGAAUUGAUGGAGAUGUCAUUGAGCAAUGUAGCUACCGAGGUUCAUGACUUCUUGCAGACUGCAACCGGAAAAGACCAUUUUCUUGACCUCAUCGACUGGGUGGAAGAACGAAGGUCAAUGCCACUAAAAGCAAAGGCUUUUGCUAAUGGGGAGAUGUCGAUGAUGGUUUCAUCAGGACAGAGGUUUCAGAUGAUGGACAAGAUGGAUUUCGGGUGGGGUAAGGUGGCAUUUGGAUCAUGCCAUGUCCCAUCUGCAAGGAAAGACUGUUAUGUGAUGACAUUGCCAAGUCCGACCAACAAUGAGGAUUGGGUUGUUUACAUGCAUAUGCCAAUCAAGCACAUGAACUACAUCGAAGCACAUGCUAGUCAAGUGUUCAAGCCCUUAAAUGCUGAUUAUCUCAAGAUUUAG